UGAUCAUAUAUCCAUACUUUUAAAAUAAAGCCCACUAAUUUGUAUUGUAAUUAUGCCAGUUUCAUACUCCGCUGGUCCGUCAACGUAUUUAGACCACCAUGAGGUUAUCAUUAUUAACUCUGAGCAUCAUUCUUCUAAUAGAAUCAUACAAUUUUUCUGAGAGUGCAACCUCCGAAUGUACGCUAACUGGUAAUUCUCUGGAAAAUCUAAGUUCAAUAUUAACCACUUGCAAAGAAAUCUCGAUAGUAAAUCUUCAUGUUCCUGCUGGAGAAACACUUGCUUUAAACGCUCAAGAUAAUACGAUUAUAACAUUCCAGGGAAUGAUUACAUUUGGAUACAAGGAGAUGAGUGGCUUUCUAAUAACUAUUCGAGGGAACAAUAUCACAGUUGUUGGAGCUCCGGGACAUUUACUUGAUGGUGAUGGAGUCAGAUGGUGGGAUGGUCUCGGUGGUAAUGGUGGGAAAAAUAAGCCAAAAUUCAUUCAGUUUCGGUUGACAAACUCUAUUGUCAAAGGGUUGAAUGUAAAAAAUAGUCCAAAGCAUUGUUUUACUAUAACCAACAGCGAAAAUGUAAUUCUAACUGAUAUCACAUAUAACAAUUUAGAUGGAGACACACAAGGAGGUCACAAUACUGACGCCUUCGACACAUCCAAUUCAAAGAAUGUAACAAUUACGAAUAGUGUCGUUUUCAAUCAAGACGAUUGUCUCGCCAUAAAUUCGGGAAGUGGUCACGCGUUCACAAAUAAUUACUGUUAUGGAGGUCAUGGAAUAUCAAUCGGAUCUGUUGGAGGACGUACGAAUAAUGUCGUUGAAAAUAUCCUCAUAAAAAAUAACACAAUUGUGAAUUCUGAAAAUGGAGUUCGUAUAAAAACCAAUUACAACACCACAGGCAUUGUUACAAAUGUUACAUAUGAAGAUAUCACCAUUGAAAAUAUUACCGAUUACGGUUUUCUUAUUCGUGGUGAUUAUCUCAACGGUGGACCGACUGGACAGCCCACGCGUGGUUUCGAGUUAUCCCAUUUAACAUUCCGAAAUAUUCGUGGUACAGUUCAAAGUAAGGGAACCAACGUAUACAUUUUGCUAUCGGAUGGAGUAGCUUCAAACUGGACUGUUGAAAAUAUUGGAAUUGUUGGUGGACUCAAAAGGGAUGUCCGGUGUUUAGGAAUUCCUAGCGAUAGUAACUUUUCCUGCGAAGACCAUAACGGUGUUCAUUCACCAUAUGUUUCGUUUUUCUUAUUAAGUACUCUAGUAUUUUUGAUUUUUCUGCGAUAAUGCAUAAGUAUAAAUAUAUAUUAGGAAAUAAUUUAUUUUAUUCAACGAGACAUUAAUGUACUAUACUUUUUUUUCAUUAUUUUUGACUAUUGUUGAGCUUAUCCAAAUUUGGACUGUGGGUAUCUUUGUCGGUGGUGCACUGUACUUCCCACAUGACCUUUAGGUUAACCUUUACUCAAAAUUUUAAACACAUUAGAACAUUGUUAUGUAUAACAAUAGCCAAAGUAGUUUGAUAAAUAUAAUAAAUAUUGUCAAAACUGAAAUCACAAUAGUUGAUAAAUAAGUUGAAAAUACAAUAAGCGUUUUUUAAAAGCA